AGUGCUCGUGCUGCCUUUGAGAGAGGGUGCACGUUGGUGUGUCUGCUUCAUUGUGUGUUUUGACGCUUGCUCUAGCGGAAGAGAAGUAAUUGUUAACCAAGAACUGAUGUUAUGGACUUGGGUACUGUAGUGUAUAGUUAUCAGACACCAUUCUGUGGACGCUGAAUACCGUAAACGUACUAGAAAAUCAGGUGUUUCAUCAUGGAACCCGACCCACCGUCCCGGUAUCAACCAACAGCAAGAUGGGGGCGUUCGGCACUGUUCUUCCUCCUGUCCCUAGCGCUAUCGUCAUUCUCCACGGUCGAGUGUGGUCAAUGCAUUUGGUAUGAUCACUGUGGGAAAAGUGAGCGGGGUCACCUCAACUGCGCCUACAAUGGCACUGCCAAGCCUAUCUCCAAGGCAGGGAUUGGAAUACUCACUCAAACAUGUCCUGAACUGGUUUCGGAAUUCAUGGCUGAAGAUGGUCAACUUGAUACAUGUUGCAAUGACCAGCAGGCGCUUGCAUUGUCCCGAUCCCUAGACAUGAUGAAGAUGUUUCUUGUGCGAUGUCCAGCGUGCAUGAGAAAUCUUCGCAUACCCUUUUGUUAUAUGACAUGCUCUCCACAACAGACAGAUUUCCUCGUACCAGUAAACCAUGUUCCUGCUACACACACCCUUAAAAAAGGACAUAAGAUGGUUACUGAUAUGAAGUUCUAUCUGUCGAAAGACUUUGUGGAUAAGGUUUAUGCUUCAUGUCGAGAUGUCGUGUCACCGUCCACCAACGACAGAGUCAUGGGAUUGUUUUGUGGAGAUUGGGGCGCUGCUCGCUGCACCGGAGAACGGCUCUUUAAUUACUUGGGCAAUUUUGAAGUAAAUGGCCAUACCCCAAUAAACAUCCAGUACCAAUACUUGAAAGAUCUGGAGGAGAGUCCUGAGGGCAUCAUACCUCUGAAUCAAACUGCACAACCUUGCAAUUUAGAGCUAGAGGGGAGUAUAGCUUGCUCAUGUGCGGACUGCCAGAGUUCAUGUCCUGUCAUACCCGACACGUGGGAUGCACCUGGUAAACCGUGGAUUAUGUUCGGCUACGACGGCUUGGCUGUGGCAAUGGCCUUGACUGCAGUGUUGUGCUCCGUCUCCUUCUUGGUGAUCUUUGCCUACUGCCACAAGCGUAAUAAAAGAUACACAGAGGAACUAAAGAUGUUGAUCUUGCUGAUAAGAGUAGAUAAAGAGCGGCAGAAGACAAUUCCAGCGGUGAUGGUAGAGCGUAGUAUGCGUCACCCUGAAGAAAUACGUACUGCUGUCGGUAGACGCCUGGCGCAUCUUUCUGAUCCUCAAGCACAGUUUGCUGGAGAAGAUGAGAACUCAUUGCUUCAUGGGAGACCUACAGGGGACAUGCCAGAAAUAGUAAUGCAUGACGAAUUAUCUGUGUUUGAACAUAUCACCAAUUGGACCCAGACAACUGUGGACCAUCUCUUCACCAAAUGGGGAACAUUGUGUGCUUACCACCCGUGGAAGGUAAUGGGUAUUGGCCUAAUUGUUGCUGCAUCAUUGUGUGUUGGCAUUAUCUUCCUACAAAUCACUACGGAUCCUGUGGAUUUAUGGGCUUCUCCUAAUUCACGAGCUCGUGUUGAAAAAGACUAUUAUGACGAGAAUUUUGAGCCAUUCUAUCGCACUGCUCAAAUAUUCAUUCGCCCAGUUGGCAUUGAGAGUUUUGAUCUGAAUGGUGAUACCUAUGGCCCUGUAUACAACAAGACCUUCCUGCUUCAAGUCUUAAGGUUUCAAAACUACAUUACAAAUGAGUUGUCAGCGGAGGUUGACGAGAAAAAUGUGUUCUUGACAAACAUUUGCAAUAAGCCUCUUGCACCUGAAAACAAUAACUGCAACAUCCAGUCUGUACUCAAUUUCUGGCAGAAUGAUGAAGCAACAUUCAAUAAAUCCAAUACUCAGCAUGCAAAGUCCUGUAUUGGGAAUGCCUACCAAGAACAGUGUAUGGGAACAUACGGAGGUCCUGUUCUCCCUCAUGUGGCUCUUGGGGGAUUUUUGGACUCGAACCAAACCCUCUCUGAUGACCCAAAUUACUUGAAGGCUAACACUCUAGUCAUUACACUUCCAAUCAACAACUUCUUCAACAAAUCUUUGCUUAAACCUGCUUUGGCAUGGGAAAAAGCGUUUAACGAGUUUAUGCUUAAAUACUCUCAUCCCAUGAUGGACAUCGCUUUUCGUUCUGAGCGAUCCAUUGAAGAUGAACUGGUACGAAUGAGCAAAUCUGAUGUUCCCACAGUGAUCAUCUCGUAUGUCAUCAUGUUCCUCUAUAUAGCACUGGCACUGGGGCACACCAACCAACUUACUCGCCUUUUGAUCUCGACCAAAGUGACACUUGGCCUGGGUGGGGUGCUCAUCGUACUGGUGUCGGUGUUUGCAGCAGUUGGUUUCUACGGCUAUGUUGGUGUUCCUUGCACAAUGCUCAUCAUUGAGGUGAUUCCAUUCUUAGUGUUGGCGGUCGGGGUCGACAACAUCUUUAUUCUUGUGGAAGCAUAUGCUGGUUUGGACCGCUCUGAGGACGACACGCGACCACAGCUGAUCGGUCGAGCUGUUGGUGCCGUUGGCCCCUCCAUGCUUCUCUCGUCAAUUUCGCAGUCUUGUUGCUUCUUCUUGGGUGCUCUCUCGGACAUGCCAGCUGUACGGGCCUUUGCCAUGUAUGCAGGAAUGAGUUUGCUGAUCAACUUUGUUCUUCAGAUGACCCUGUUUGUUUCACUUUUCUCCCUUGAUGUUACCAGAGAAGAGGACAAUCGAUUUGACGUGUGCUGCUGCAUACGGCAGAGUAAAGUGGAGAAGGACUCUGAAACUCGCUUUUUGCACAAGGUGUUUGAAACAACAUAUGCACCAUUCCUGAUGCGCCCUUGGGUUCGUGCCGUGGUGGUGGUUGUGUUCAUGUUUUGGCUGUGUGCGUCUGUGGCAAUGGUUCCUCACAUUGAAAUUGGUCUUGAGGAAGAGCUUUCUAUGCCUGAUGACUCAUAUGUGUUGAAAUAUUUUGAGUAUCUUGAAAAGUUUGGCUGUGUUGGUGCUCCUGUGUAUUUUGUUCUCAGUCAUGGCUACAACUUCUCGGACUAUGAUAUGCAAAAUAAGAUCUGUUCACAUCUUGGCUGCAAUAAAGAUGCAUUGCUAAUUCAGCUGAAGUUAGCAUCUCAAAUUCCAAAUAGGACUUUCAUCGCUGUGCCAUCUUCUGCGUGGAUCGAUGAUUACUUUGAAUGGUCACUGGAAGGGAAAUACUGCUGCCGCCUGCAUGACGAUGGAAGCUUCUGCAGGAGGGAACUAGAGGCUUUUGAUCCGAGUGAGGUCCCUGUUAAUGCUACGGCAGGUGAUGAGUCCAGCAUAACAGAAGAGCCUAUUUCUUAUGGAGGGCCAAAUUUUGAUGAAGUUUAUAGUGACGACUUCAAUUAUGAUUACAAUUAUGGAGACCUAGACUAUGAUUAUGAAUCUAAAGGGAUUUCCAAAGUAAAGCCAGACUCUAAAGCAAAGGCAUUUGAUGAUGAUCCUGAGGAUUAUUCAUAUAGCUAUGGAGAUUUAUCAUUUAAUUAUGAUGAUCCUAAACCAUCAGAAAACAAAUUAAGUGAUCAUAAAGUUGAUUCUUUAAAAGAAGUUGUCACAACAAAAGCUCCAUCCCGUGAGACACAUUUAGACGAUGGGUGGCCAGACUACAAUCAAAACCCUCCAAUCACUGCUUCAAAUGGAGAUCAUAACCUCAACAUGCCAAUCAAAACAUUAAAAAAGCGUCACGUCGUCUCAAAUAGUUGCCACUCCUGCCCAAUCUCUCCUCUUCCUAACAACCCUUUCCGCCCAGAUCCAGAAGUCUUCAACCAGUAUCUUCCAAUGUUUCUGAAAGAUAACCCUGAUCUGUAUUGCCCUAAAGCAGGACAUGCUGCCUAUGGUCAGAGUGUAAAAAUACGCUAUGAUGAGUCUGGGAAUCCUGUGACUGGGGCAAGUGUGUUUAUGACGUACCACAGUGUCAUGCGUAAUAGCCGCCAGUUCUACGAGGCACUGCGAGCAGCUCGAGCCAUUGCAGAUAACAUUACUAGGACACUGAACCUUGUGGAGAGAGACGGAAAAUUAGUUCCGAGUGGAGAAACAAAAUAUAAGGUGUUCCCUUACAGCGUGUUUUACGUAUUUUACGAACAGUAUUUGAGCAUCUGGGAAGACACAGUACGGAUGUUAGGAAUUUCUGUGGCAGCCGUCUUUUUCAUCACUCUGAUAAUGAUGGGCUUCGACUUUUCUUCAUCAGUGAUUAUCAUGGUCAUGGUUGUGCUUAUUAUAACCAACAUGGGAGGCUUGAUGUACCUCUGGGGUAUUUCUCUCAAUGCUAUAUCCCUCGUGAACCUCAUCGUGGCUAUUGGAAUCUCGGUGGAAUUCUGCUCUCACACUACCCGGGCAUUUGCCGUCAGUGAAGCUGACACCAGAAUUACCAGGGCAAAGAAGGCUCUUGUGAGAAUGGGACCAUCUGUGUUGUCUGGCAUCACACUCAGUGACAUGGGUGUGGUUGUCCUUGCCUUUGCUAACUCCAAAAUAUUUCAGGUGUUUUACUUCCGGAUGUACUUUGGUAUGGUGGUGAUAGGUGCUCUUCAUGGGUUAAUCCUCCUUCCAGUCGUUCUUAGUUUUGUUGGUCCGUCACGAAAGGUGGUACGUAGCAACAUGCCAGAUCGCACAGCCAACCCAAGUGGUUCUGUGCAACUUGAGGAUAUGAUUGAUGACCAGGAAAAGCAGUGCCUUACUGCCACACACACCGCUAGCGUCAAUAAUGCUCCAAGGCAUAGCAACAGUUCUAACAAUAUCAACUCCAGUACGUCCUCCAACUCGAAUAGAAAUAUGCAGGCAAAAAAAUCGCCUAAAAGGGGGAGUCAUAUGUCCUUAAAUCACAAUUUUGAUGAUGUGGAGGACCUAAACAAGAAAAACUCAAAUACCCCCUCACGGAACUCAAACACACUGUCUCGACAUUCUCUAGCUAAAACAGAUGAAGAGUUGGAGCAGUUAAAUCAAUGAUGAUCCAAUCAAUACAUUUUUUUACUUGCGGCAUAAAUAUGAAUGUUAAGUGAUUUGUGUUCGUGAGUCAUAAGUGUCUUGUAUUACAUGUGAUUUUUUUAUGAUGCUGCGGAAGUUCUUCCUAUAUACUUUGUGCUAAAGGAAGUACUUCUGAAAACUAGUGCAUAUUUUGAAUGUGUCAGAAGGAAAGGAAACUGAGCAAAUUCAGAAAUGAUGGUACUGUAGCUCUGAAGAAUAUUGUAAUAAGUUUGCGUAUGAAGCCAGAAGAGGGGAUAAAGCAUACCAGUGAACAUUGGACUUGUGUACGGGUGUCAGACUUGUUCAGCCUCUUCUUGGAUAAACUUUUUGAAAAGUUCAUCUUAUAAUAUGACUAAAGGGAACUGAAAAACUUCCUUAUUUCUUUUAAAGGCUGAAGAAAGUUUAUAUUUUGAGAGGGAACUGUUGUUUUUCAUGGAACAUUCCAGUCAUAUGGCACCAAGAAUACUUACCUGGUAAUGAAAGGCUAACUUAGUUACAUGGAAUAAGUUGGUUUUGGAUAUUUUUGCUCAAGAUAGCUUAAUUGUUUCUGAUGUCCUGUGUUCCUAAUACUUUACUGAUUCUAUGACAUUUCCUUUGUUUUACUUUCUUUACUCAUUAUGUACACCAUGACAAAUGUCACCUUUGUUUUGUCAAGAUAAUAAUUAUAUUGAAGGACAGGUUAAUACAUAUAUGAUGCAAAUUCUCCAUUUUAUUUGACAUUUUAUGUAGAUUGUAAAUAAAAUGCUGUGAUAAUUGCAGUUAGUCAAGCCUAUAUUUAUAGUUUUAUAUAACAAAUUACAGCAUAUUAUCAGUGGACAAUCCUGGAGAUCUGGCAAUAUAGUAUUUAAAAAGUUGAAAUAUUGUCUUAGAUAAUAUGUUAAUACAUAUCACAAAGCUUUCGUGAUAAAUGUAUUGCAAAUAUUAGAAGACUUGCUGCAAUGAUAUUCAGAGAGAGUACAUUCGAGUUAUUUCAUGUAUGUAUAAUCUGCUUUUCUGCGAGUAGCUCAUGUUGAGCUUUAACACGCGUGGUUCUGUACACAUGUAGCGUCACAGUGCCCAUUAUGAUGUGUGUGUGCUUUAACCCUUAGUGCGCAAUUAUUAAAAUAUUUGAAAAACACCAGUUUAGUUUCAUCUUUCCAAACGACAGUUAAAAAUGUACAUUAUUUUUUUUUUAAUAUACAAAAUUUAAAAUUAAUUAAAUAUUGAUAUCAGUUUCUCAAAUUUAGAUAAAGAAAUAGGCCUUUUACAUUUCCUUUUUUUGUAAAAUUUAAUGGAAAAUGUUAACAAAUAUGGAUGAUUGAUGGAAAAUGCCAAAAUUGGUUUCUAACUUGAUAUCUUUUAAUAAGAAAUUUUGUGAGCGAUGGCAUCACAUGCUCAAGAACGCCUCUAAUUAUUGAUGUUUUUUGAAUAAUACCAAUAUUUACAACUUCAGUAUUAGGUAAUUGCCAGAGGAAUGUAGAAUCUUGAUAAUUAUAAAGGGCUUAUAAGCAAAAAAUAAUUAUAUAUUUCUAAUGAAAAAGCUUCAUUUGAUGCGAGCUGCCAUGUAAGGGUUAACACACCUGGUCCGGGACUUGGUGUGGCAACACAGUGCCCAUUACAACACGUGUAUCUUCUUAAUGAAUUUUUAGCAAGACCUUACCUUACCUUUACAAGUGAUAUCAAUGUCAAAAUUUUCUUUAAGUAAAAUCAGGCAUGACAUGAGAUGUUAACUUAAUUUUUGAAAGUGAGCCUUUCAGUGUUUUUAAAAAGUGCCAUUGAGAAGCAAAACUUAUUUAGAUGUUUAGGAGCAAUUUUGGCUUUUCGUCAUUGGUAAUUACUUUUGCUAGCAUUGUCUUGCCAUAGAAUGAGAUUGCAAGUUAGAAGACAUUCUCUCUUAAAUUGGUCAUGCUUAUUGUCAUUUUUUUUUAAUUUGAGUACUUAGCGAGAUUUGAAUUUCGCUUCAGAUAUAUUAAUUGUUACCAGAAUGAUGUUAAGAUUAUAAUGCUGUAAAAACUAGCAAUAUAUUGAAGAUUAGGCAAUACAUUUUCCUUAGCAUGUAUAAUGAAACAUUAUAUGUAUACUUAUGAAGGGAAAACUGUAUUUUCAGUGGCCACAUAAGGAUAAAAUUGAUUAGUGCAAAUGUUGCAUCCAUCAUCAUCAUGCCACUAUUGUUCCCGAGUGAGAAGGCCUCAGCAAUAUGUGGUCCAUGUCUUUAAUCCUGAGGUCUUGUCACUUAAGCCGAACACAUCUGAAGCAGGUAUUUGCCGUUGGUUCUUAAGCCAAACGUUGUGUUACAUGUAAAUAAUUUAUUAUGCAAGUCUCAGAUGUGUUUCUUCUGUCAGUGCCUCAAGAGAUAUUUAUAGACUGAUGAUAUAACAGGCCUCAUUGUACAGUACCUCCAUAAAUAACAUUUGUUUUUGUAAAUGACUUUGGUAGUGCAUUGUGAAAGAGUAGCCAGAUAUGUGAGUGAGAUAGCUUGGGGUGGUAUUGACUGGCGUGUGUGUGUGUGACUUCACUGCUUGUAUAGGGUGAAUCCGUCCACAUGUGGAUUAAAGGUUUCCUCUUAGAGAACCAAUAAAAUAAGUCAAGCUAUAAAGUUCACUAGCUAUUUUAACUCUUUUUAAUAUUUCAACUCGUCAAAGAUAUUUUGUAAUGCUGAAAUACCUAUGUAAGUGUGUUAUAGUACACCAUAUUAUGUCAAUUCAUCAAGAAUGAAGUUUACUUAAUAUUUCAAGUGAUUUUUUGUUCUUUAGUUCUAUCGAUUGCACUUUAAAGUAGAGAUUUACAAAAAAUUAAAGUUUUGUAAAUUGCUGUAUCAAAACCCAUAUUUUGUAUUUUGAUUCCAGUAAUCUCUUUCCAGUUUAUUUUGAAACGUAGUAAGAACAUCAACUACAGUAUAUUGCUCAAACAUGUUUAGUUAAAACCAUUUUUUAUUACUGUACUUUUUACUAUAUUCUGCAAGAAACUUUAUUGGAUGCCACAGGAAGUACAGUACAAAUGUAUUUCACUUCCCAUACUUUAUUAAGAUUUAAACUCAAAUUUAAAAUACUGUACCUUGAUUACUUGAAAAAAAUUGCAAGUAUGAAACUUGUGAAAUUUACAGAAGGUAUAUUUUUUGUUUGUUUGAAGGACUGAUUAGCAUAUUAAAUAUCAUGCAAGACUUUUGGGA